UGAGCGAGAGAGGGAGAGGGAGAGAGAGAGGGAGCGAAUGCAUGGAGUGGCGAGGGGAAUGGAGGAGUGAAGAGUGAGCGCGGCAGAGUGAGACGCAGCGGCUCAGAUUAAGACUGGCGCUCUCCCCUGGCUGAUUUAUUUUCACUCCUCUUUUAACAACUAUCCUGCCGUUCGCUGGCAUUCGCCUGCCCUCUCGCUUCUCCUAAAAGCAAGACAAAGGCUGGCUGAGGGAGGGAGAGAAAGAGCGAGGGAGAGCGAGAGAGAGAGAGAGAGAGCGGGGGAGAGAGAAUGAAAGAGGGUGAUCUUCUAAAUGACCAGAGAAUAGGGGAGGGGACGAAGAGGCAGCGGGACUUUUUCUCUCCUUUUUUCUGAUUUCCUCCUCUUGUGGCGUUGGCGUGGCGGCGAGCAGCCCUGACACACGUGAAGCCGUCUCUCUGCCCCUGUUGCCGGGAGAUCUGAAGAGGGGAGCGGAAAACAAGGACAAAGGCUCGUCCAUCCGCGACCUGCUGCCGCCAGCCGCUUUUUCUCCUGCGUAGCCCGACUGUGUGCGUGAUUGUGCGUGCGUGCGCUCGUGUGUGUGAGUGAGCGUGUGUGCGUGUGUGUGUGUGUGCGUGUGUGUGUGUGUGUGUGUGAGAGAGAGAGUGUGUGAGGGAGAGAGAGAGAGAGUGAGAGAGCGAGUGUGUGGCGCAUUACUCUUCUCCCGCGCAUGUGUGUGUGAAGAUGGGGGCUCACCGGAGGCUGGCACAGACACCCCAUCCCUAGCCGACGUGGGCGAGACAGCGAGCGAGCGAGCGAGAGAGUGACCAGGGGGAGGGGGGGAAGAAGACCAGAGGAGUAGGAGGAGGAGUGCAGGGAUACCCCUAAGGGCAAAGCCUGAGACAUCCUUUCUCUCCCCUCUCUUUUUUUUCCUGUUCAAUCCUAGGUUCUUUUUUUUCCCCUGCCAUUUUCUCUCCUCCGUUUGGUGGCCAUGCGUAGUUAUUAGGCUGAAGAAUGUGGAGGCAACAUUUUCCAGGUAUCCGGCCCCAGAUCAUGAACGGGCCGAUGCACCCGCGCCCGCUGGUGGCGCUGCUGGACGGCCGUGACUGCACGGUGGAGAUGCCCAUCCUCAAAGACCUGGCCACCGUGGCCUUCUGCGACGCCCAGUCCACACAGGAGAUCCACGAGAAGGUGUUGAAUGAGGCCGUGGGGGCUAUGAUGUACCACACCAUCACCCUGACGCGAGAGGACCUGGAGAAGUUCAAAGCCCUGCGCAUCAUCAUCCGAAUUGGCAGUGGCUAUGACAACAUUGACAUCAAAGCAGCUGGAGAACUGGGCAUCGCCGUGUGCAACAUCCCGGCGGCAGCUGUGGAGGAGACGGCCGACUCCACCAUUUGCCACAUCCUGAACCUGUACCGCCGGAACACCUGGCUGUACCAGGCCCUGCGCGAGGGCACCCGCGUCCAGAGCGUGGAGCAGAUCCGAGAGGUGGCCUCUGGGGCCGCGCGCAUCCGCGGAGAGACCCUGGGCCUCAUCGGCUUCGGUCGCACGGGCCAGGCGGUGGCGGUGCGGGCGAAGGUGUUUGGCUUCAACGUGAUCUUCUACGACCCGUACCUGCAGGACGGCCUGGAGCGCUCGCUGGGCGUGCAGCGCGUCUACACCCUCCAGGACCUGCUCUACCAGAGCGACUGCGUCUCCUUACACUGCAAUCUCAACGAACACAACCACCACCUCAUCAAUGACUUCACUAUCAAACAGAUGCGUCAGGGGGCGUUCCUGGUGAACACGGCCCGAGGGGGUCUGGUGGACGAGAAGGCCCUGGCCCAGGCCCUGAAGGAGGGGCGGAUACGCGGCGCUGCCCUGGAUGUGCACGAGACCGAGCCCUUCAGCUUUGCCCAGGGCCCCCUGAAGGACGCGCCCAAUCUGAUCUGCACCCCCCACACCGCCUGGUACAGCGAGCAGGCCUCUCUGGAGAUGAGAGAGGCGGCGGCCACCGAGAUCCGGCGAGCCAUCACCGGCCGCAUCCCAGACAGCCUAAGAAACUGCGUCAACAAGGAGUUCUUUGUCACCACAGCACCCUGGGCAGUGAUGGACCAGCAGGGCGUCCACCCUGAGCUCAACGGUGCCACCUACAGGUACCCGCCAGGGCUGGUGGGCGUAGCUCCAGGUGGCAUCCCAGGGGCGAUGGAGGGUCUGGUGCCAGGUGGGGUGCCUGUCGCCCACAGCCUCCCAUCGGGCACCCACCCUUCCCAGGCCCCCUCCCCUAACCAGCCGUCCAAACACGGCGAGACCAGAGAACACCUGACCGAGCAAUAGCACCGCACCAGGAGGAGCCAUCGCUAUAGCAACACCAUAGCAACCAACCAAGUGAACAACCAAGCAACCAACCGGGACCAAGAGACAGUGAACUCACCCACUGCCACACAGCACUGGGGGUUGACAUUCGUUCCAUGGAUUUCUACUCCUCCGUUUUUAAUUUUUAAAUCUCUCUCUCUGUCUCUCUUCUGGUUCAGUAAACUCUUUUUUUGUUGUUGUUUUUGAGUUGUGUUUUGUUUCUUUUUUCUCUUUGGAAAAAAUGUUUCUUUUUCUCUUUUGGACAUCCAGUGUGCUAACACUAUGAAGGUGCGUUAGUGGGAAGAAAACCUCACCCCCACCCUGACAACCCACAUCUGAUUGGAUGGCCUGCUUCCCAACGCACCAAUGGGAGAGCUCUGAGACACCACAGCAUUGCGUGCUACUGGACUCUGCCCCCCUCCCCUCCCUCCCGUUCCCCAGCCAGCACCCCCACCCAAACCCCAAACACUCUACCUUCUCUGCGACCGCUCCCAUCCCUUUCCUGGCCCCUCCCUUAUGUUCCAUCUGAAUUUAGGCCCUGCAGAUGAUAUUUUUUUCUUUUGGUCUUCGGUGUGAAAGAAAGAAAUGAAAAAAAAAAAGGUUAUGAAAUAUAUAAAUAUAUAUUUAUCAGACAUCAGUUAAAGGAGAUAAGUAGUUUGAUUGCCCUCUUGCAGUGGUGAUCUACAGAGUGAGCUUAACCCUUUCCUGACCUCAGUCAUCCUUUUUUGCCCCCCCUCCCCCCAAGAACUUAGUUUAUGUUUGCUCAUACACGGAGGUUCUCACAUACACAUAAAGUGAGACUGAAGAAGUUCCUUUGUUGCUCUCACCUUUAAUAGAGCCGUCGGUAGACCAAAUAUUUUAAACAUCAAGACGAGAUCAAAAGUUCUAAGCUGUCUGGUGGUUGGGCUUUGUCCACAGCGACCAUGAAAUAUGCUCCCUCUACAAUAUAGCAUAGCUCAUUGAACUCCAAAACAACUCUGCGCCUCCAGCAAAGCGUGGCCACCAGUUAGAGAGUGGGUCUUCAAACUGGGCUCUUUUUGUCAGUGUUGGAGAACAUGGAUCAAAACAUGUCUGAGGUUUAUGGAGCCGAGUCUGAUUCGGAGAAGAGAAGAACAGCUCAGACAUCACCGCUACUGGCAGAAGAUCUAGUGUGUUGGGACUGCAUGGUCUCCAUGGAUUGCAGACUCUUGACAUAGGCCUAGGGCCACAACCACGUCAUCCGAACUUGUAUUGACCCAUACAGACACCUUCAUUUAGAGUUGGCUUCAAAAAAAGACUGUAGCUGAGAGAUGUUCUGUGUUUUUUUUUUUUCUGAACACCAUUGACAACUUCUGUUGUUUUUGUUUUGUUCUUUUUUGUUUCUUUCUCUCUGUGGUCUCAUGCUGCCGUCCCCAGAAGGAGACAUUUUGUGUAGCCAUUCUGUAACCUGCCUGUGACUUCACUUGAUGUGUGCAAGAGACUCCAUGUGACUUUUUUUCCUACUGCUUGCGAAGUCGGAUGUUCAGUCCAGUUGUUUUGCUGAAAGGACAUUUCCUCACUGAAGGGACAGAAGGAUGGAAGACGUGGGACUCUCUUCUCAGUGGCUGGUCCAGACAGGCAGCGAUGCUCUCGUCCGUGUGUUUGCUUUCUCUUGUGUGAUCGGUUGAGCCUUCUGACGGACACCACAGUUGAACAGGAAAGGGUUAAGGAGAUCUCCAUUCCGUAAUGACUCAGGAAAACACUUUUUGCAGAUGUUCUUUUGUCCCCCUCCAAUUUUUGGUCCGAGAAAGAAAGAAAAAAAGAAUUCUGGGUAGUCUGCAUAUUUUCUCUCUCCAUUUUCCUCCCAUUGUGGUAUUUUUAUAUAUCAGAUGCAUCCCAUGUUUUUGGUGUUUUAAAAGAAAAAAGAAAAAAAGUUUUGCAGUCCUGUUAGAUUUGUAUUGCCUAGUUAAAUGUUCCUGUAAUCAUAGUCCUAUGUGAUCUUCCCUACCUUUCUCUCUCCCUCUCAUUCUCUCUCUCUCUCUCUCUCUCUCUCUCUCUCUCGCUCUCUCUCUCUCGCUCUCUCUUCUCUCUCCACUCUCUCUCCUCUCUCUCUCUGUCCCUUCCUCUACCUGUUUCAUUUCUUCCUUCCCCUUUCCCUUUUAUUUUUUUUGUUGUUCUCUUGAAGGCCAGGUUUUUGGGGCGUCCUGUACUCUGUAAGAGCAAUAGCAAAACUCCUACUUAGUGCCCAACACUAGCAGAAGCAGAGGCCGUCAGCAGUAUGUUUUGUUUUUAGUGUGAGUAUUUGUAUUUGUUUCUUGUACAAGGUGAACAUUUAGCAUACAGUGCAGUUCAAAUAAAAGAUACAAUUCUGACAUCCUA